AUGGCGUCUAAAUUGAAUGACUUCGGAACCGUGUCGGAUGGACUGGAUCGCGCCGAGCUUGGAGUCGGUCCUCCUGUUAGUGAUGGUGUUAGUCCUCGUCCAUCGCCAGAGGCUCUGAAUUACCAGAAACCCUCUAUUCGCAAGGCGAUUGGCGACAAUCUACUUUCUGUUGUGGUACAUCCUCGCUAUGGAAUCAAUAAAAUCAAAAUCGCUGUCCAAGAGAAACACCAUGCAACUUCCAAAGAAGCUCGUAAAUCCCAAGAUGAUGCUGCACCAAUUCUUGCUCCCAGUCCUCCUAUUGGUGCACUCGAGAACGAGCGACUGAAGUAUAACGUACAGGAGAAACCAAAAGUGCCACCCCUCAAAGAUUUCAUGCAUCACCCAAUUGCAGCACUUCAGUCAACUGUCCAAGACCAACGUGGAAACGACUUCGCAGAAAACAUAGCCAACUCGGAGUUUUCACAUGGAGCAGAUGUGCAUAUGCUCCGUCAACACGACAAAAUUGCCCAAGCGACAAGUGAAUCUGAGAAGAAUGCCGAAAUCGAAACUUUCGUGCAAAUGAAGCAGCUCAAGCAGGAUUCCUUUGUCCGGUGGACCAUUGAUCGACAUAUCAGAAAGGUAGCUCGAGUGCCCGUGGUCGACAGACCACCUCAGCGUCCCCAGAUCCUCGGUCCGAUUCUUGUGGGCACAAAACCUAAAGGCCCAAUAUGGUCGGAAUAUGCUAGUAAGUUACUGGAAUACGAGCUCGAGAAGCAUGCGGACUUUUAUAUCGAUAACGGCGAUAAAUUCCCACAACCUGAUCGAAAACUCCUCGCGUCCUCUCUUGAGAGGGUUGUCAUUGCCUCAGUACCUCUACAGACCCUUUUCAUGAAGUUCCGAAGCAUAUCACAUUGGGAGAACCCCUGGGAAACUGCCGGCUACAUGUCACUAUACUUCUCCCUUCUGAUAUUCAGCCAGAUUACACGCAUGGCAAUCCUAUAUGUCAUCGUCAUAACCCUUUAUCGCGGUUGGCGCAUUCCAGGUAUUGACCAAAUGCGAGAUACCAUAAUCCAUUCAGAAGAUAGUGACGAGUUGGCCAAAAACCUUACAGAACUGGUGACACAAUAUGGUACGAGAGGUUAUGUCGACCGCGUUAUAGAGCUCGUCGGUCCUGCCGCCUUCGACUGGCUUGAACGUGCAGCAGACAUUCUGGAGAUGGGACGAAACUUCUUUGAGUGGCGCAACCCACGUUACACCAAAAACAUGAUUUGUGUUCUUCUUUCCUGGUGGUUACUAAUAACCAUGGUUCCAACGCAAAUGCUCGUACAGAUGAUUUUCUUCUCUAUCGGGUUCGACUUCUUCGUCAUGACACCCGUCGCACGUCGGUAUCCAAAAUAUAGGUUGCUCACCUCGCCGGUAACGUGGUUCAUGUGGAGGGUGCCCACACACGCGGAAUGGGCUAUUGCGCGACUUCAAGCGGAAGCAAAGCAAUACCUGCAGCAAGACGAUACACUCACUUCGAUUGACAAAGAUCGCCAACCUCCAGCUCGGGCUGAAACCCAGGCGGCAACCAACGACUUUGACAAACAGCACAAGCAAGCUAAACUCAUUGGCCGUUACUCUUGCAUGCACAACGACGGACAAGGGUUAUUGGUAGCGACUACAGAGUCGAUCUCUUUUCAGCCACGGCAGUCGUCCGACACUGACUGGACUAUACUGAUCAAAGAGCUGCGGACAAUACAAAAAAUCACAGAUUAUGUUGGAAUCAGAGAGCUCUCCGGUAUCGCAUUCCAGGCCUUGGACGGGACAACUUAUCACGCUUCUAACCUCGAAUGUCGCGAUGAGGCGUUCUCUCAGCUUGUAGGCUACAUAGGUUUCCAGUGGAAGCGGACUGGCUGA